CUUGACAGGGCGGGCGUCAUGAUGUGCGAGGGACCCAGGGGGUCUUAAGCCGAGACCACUCUCACUGACAAGGCCACGGGCCCAAUAAAUAGCAACUGGAUGGUUCCUGCUUCUUUGUCCGAAUUGACCGACUUCAAGUCCAGACACGGGCAGAGGAAGUUCAAUAUCAGAUUCACUACGUUUCAAGUCACGUCGUCUAGAAGUUCGACAUUCGGAACCCCACUCCGGCCCCCUUCAUCAGAUACCUCGCUGCAACACCGGUUAGAACAAGGGCACGGGAGAGGAACGUGGAAUUAACGAAAGAGAGGCACGUUCUAGGUGGAAGCCACACAAGGGAAACAACCUCCGGGUCUCACCUCUUCCGGGAAUACCUUUGUACGAAACCAGUCCCAUCGGGCCGGACAUAGCACCCAAACUCGGCGGGUGCGUAACCCCUGACCUCCCCGCAACAGCAGCACCCCGCAUCCGAAUUGCCGCGAUGCCACCCCUGCUGCGUGCGACCCCGCUCCGAGCAACCAGGGCCAGUCGACGGCUGUAUCUCCCAGCGGCGGCCGGAACUGGGCGUUGGGGCCCGUACCGGUCCGUCUCAUCAACGGGCCGCCCGUGCGGCGACAGUCCAACUUCAAGAAACACUUCCCUCCCACGCUCGCAGGGGCACACGAACCUCACUCUGGUAUCGCCAACCACCACAAGCUUACCGUCCAUUCAAGCCGUGCCAUCUCAACAUCGUUGGUCCUCAACAGCCGUCUCGGACCAACCCAAGAUGUAUACCACAUCCUUCGCCUUCUUCGAGGCGCUAUGGGACGCCGGCGUGACCCACGUCUUCGUCAACCUGGGCUCCGACCACCCCAGCAUCAUCGAGGCCAUGGUCAAGGGCGCGCGCGAGAAGAAGGGGCAGUUCCCGCGCAUCAUCACCUGCCCCAACGAGAUGGUAGCAAUGUCCAUGGCCGACGGCUACGCCCGCCUCACCGGCAAGCCGCAAGCGGUGAUCGUGCACGUGGACGUCGGCACGCAGGGGCUCGGCGCGGCCGUGCACAACGCGAGCGCCGGGAGGGCACCGGUGCUCGUCUUCGCGGGCAUCUCGCCCAUCACGCAGGAGGGCGAGCUGCGCGGGUCCCGCACCGAGUUCAUCCACUGGAUCCAGGACGUGCCGGACCAGAAGCAGAUCCUGGCCCAGUACUGCCGCUACGCGGCCGAGCUCAAGACGGGCGUCAACGUCAAGCAGAUGGUGAUGGAGAUGGAGAUCCAGCCGUACCAGGUCAAGCAGGACGAGUGGGAGCCGGUUGAGCUGGGUGGCCUGCCGAGCGGUGCCGUCAGGAAGAUUGCGGAGGCGCUGGCGGGCGCGAAGGAGCCGUUGCUCAUCACGGGGUAUGUGGGCAGGAAUCAGGCCGUUCCCGGCGCGUUGGUGGAGCUGGCGAAUACGGUGAAGGGGCUGAGAGUGCUGGACACGGGCGGAAGCGACAUGUGCUUUCCGGCGGACCAUCCGGCUUGGUUAGGAGUGCGCUAUGGAAAUGAGGACGCCAUACGGAGCGCGGAUACGAUCAUCGUUCUGGACUGCGACGUUCCCUGGAUCCCAACGCAGUGCAGGCCUAGAGAGGACGCGAAGAUCUUCCACAUCGAUGUUGACCCGCUGAAGCAGGUCAUGCCUGUCUUCUACAUCGCGGCACAGCACCGGUACCGCGCCGACGGACUGACGGCAAUAGAGCAGAUCAUGGCGCUGCUCAAGUCUGACGAGGCGUUCAAGUCCCGACUGACGGGAGAGGAGAGCGAGAAGAGGUGGGCGGCGCUGCAAGAGUCGCACAAGAAGCGGCUGGAAAGCAUCGCGCUCCGAUCUCAGCCCUUGGAGAACGGCGAGUUCGGAACCGGCCAUCUCUGUGCAAAGCUAAGGGAGAUGUGCCCCAAGGAUACCAUAUGGGCGGUCGAAGCCGUCACCAACACCGGCUUUGUGCACGACAGCAUUCAAGCAACGCUCCCUGGCUCAUGGAUCAACUGCGGCGGGGGAGGGCUCGGAUGGUCUGGCGGAGGUGCUCUCGGCAUCAAGCUUGCGUCAGAGCACGAGGCCCAGCUCAAAGGCGAGAAGGGCAAGUUCGUCGUGCAGAUCGUUGGCGAUGGCACAUUCCUCUUCUCGGUCCCGGGUAGCGUGUACUGGAUCUCGAAGCGGUACAAUAUUCCCGUUCUGACUAUCGUCCUGAACAAUAAAGGAUGGAAUGCGCCCCGCAAGUCUUUGCUCCUGGUUCAUCCAGAUGGUCUAGGCUCGAAGGCGACAAACGAGGAGAUCAACAUCUCCUUCGACCCCGUCCCCGACUACGCGGGCAUUGCGAAGGCCGCGGCCGGAGGCGACCUGUUUGCCGCACGGGUCGACAAGGCGGCCGAUCUGGAGAAGGUCCUCAAGGAGGCGAUUGAGGUCGUCCAAGGUGGGCAGACCGCGGUCCUCGACUGCAAGGUUGCCUCGGGCUGUUAGACAGGUCGUCGGCAAUUCACCUGUAUGUUGCCGCGUGGGCGCACGACCUCGGAGACUUCUGUCGACGCAUCAUCUCUGUCGGCAAGCCACCGUUUUCGUGCGGGGAGUCGGGGGCAGUCCAUUCGCUGCAGUGUCGACAAGACCAGACGCCGCAGGAUCGUGCAGACUCAGAGGCCGUUUUGUUUUAGCGCAUACUAUUAGUUAUACUGUUACCUUCAUCAACGUUAGCGAGUUGACACAACCCUCCACUAUCCCUUCGACUUCAAGUCUCCCAUGUAAAGUCCUUUGGUGCGCUGCUGCCGUGGUUCCAAUUGCGAGUGAUCUCACGUCAUUGCUCGGAGGUGGUUAAGCAGCCCACAGUAUGCCCUCGAUACGGUGAGCAUCUUCAGGUGUCACCGUCGCAUCUCCUCAUGCGCCUUUCUGGCAUUCUG